AUGAACUUUGAGCCAAUACACAGUCGCCCUACUGAUCAAGACGCGAACAAUGAGGCUCCUUCUAGGCCGGACCUUGGAAGACAGUUCACGGACGAUGAGCUUAUGCAAGUUCUUUCUCAACGCCGCAAAAGCACCUCAAGCUCCGGAGAUGGAGGCAAGGAAGACUGGGUGCAAAUCGAGCGGCUGAUUUCUCGCAUGUUCGGUCGAGAGAGAAAGGCUAACUCGGAAGAGGAGAAGACGAGACAUGUCGGCGUUGUCUGGAGAAACCUGACUGUGAAGGGAGUCGGCCUGGGAGCUACUCUACAGCCGACUAACGGCGAUAUAUUGCUCGCGCUUCCCCGAUUGAUCAAGCGUCUGCUCACUCGAGGCAGAAAGGGUUCUGGCGCAGCAAAACACCCGAUUCGGAAUAUUCUUGACGACUUCACAGGAUGCGUUAGACCUGGAGAAAUGUUGCUUGUCCUCGGGCGACCGGGAUCUGGCUGUUCAACUUUCUUAAAAGUGAUAGGGAACCAAAGAUCGGGAUAUGAGGGGAUACAAGGCAAUGUGCUAUAUGGAGGAACCGAUUCCAAAACAAUGGCUGAUAGUUAUCGGUCAGAAGUCCUAUAUAACCCGGAAGAUGACCUCCAUUACGCGACCCUUACUGUUCGAGAUACGCUCCUUUUUGCCCUCAAAACCCGAACACCUGAUCAGGCCUCUCGGAUUCCCGGUGAAAGUCGCAAGGAAUACCAGCAGACCUUCCUCUCGGCAAUCGCUAAGCUGUUCUGGAUCGAACAUGCGCUGGGCACCAAGAUUGGUAAUGAGCUAAUCCGAGGAGUCUCUGGCGGAGAAAAGAAGCGGGUAUCCAUUGGAGAGGCAAUGGUGACCAAGGCUAGCACCCAAUGCUGGGACAACUCUACUCGAGGCCUGGACGCCAGCACGGCCCUGGAAUAUGUCCAAAGUCUGAGAAGUUUGACCAACACGGCCAACGUCUCCACCCUCGUGGCACUGUACCAGGCUUCGGAAAAUUUGUUCAAUCUCUUCGACAAAGUAAUCCUGAUUGAGGAAGGAAAAUGCGCCUAUUUUGGCCGCACGCAAGAUGCAAAACGCUACUUUGAAGGGUUGGGGUUUGAAUGCCCCCCUAGAUGGACCACUCCGGACUUCUUAACUUCCGUCAGCGACCCGCACGCCAGACGAGUGAAGCAAGGCUGGGAGGACCGGAUUCCACGGUCAAGUAGCGACUUCCAACGUGCUUAUCGCAAGAGCGAUUUAUACAAAAAGGCUCUGUCGGAUAUCGAAGACUUUGAACAGGAUAUCCAGUCCCACGAACAAGAGAGGGAGGCUGCCAGGAAGAGCAUGCCAAAGAAGAACUAUACAGUGCCAUUCCACAAACAGGUCUUGAUCCUUACACAUCGGCAGUUCCUCGUCAUGUUUGGCGAUAGGCAAUCGUUGGCAGGGAAAUGGGGGGUCAUUACCUUCCAAGCCCUAAUCAUUGGAAGUUUAUUCUAUAACCUACCCCAGACGAGUUCCGGCGUGUUUACUAGGGGCGGCGUCAUGUUUUUCAUAUUGCUCUUCAACUCUCUCUUGGCCUUGGCAGAACUUACGGCUGCCUUUCACAGCCGGCCUAUCUUAAUGAAGCACAAGAGUUUCUCAUUCUACCGUCCUGCUGCCUAUGCACUAGCCCAGGUCGUGAUUGACGUGCCUCUUGUGUUCAUACAAGUCGUUAUAUUCGAUGUCAUUGUAUACUUCAUGUCUAAUCUCGCUAGGACGCCGUCCCAAUUCUUCAUCAACUUUCUCAUUAUUUUUACACUCACCAUGACAAUGUAUUCCUUCUUCAGAGCGCUCGGAGCUCUCUGUUCAUCUCUUGAUGUUGCAACACGGAUCACUGGUGUGGCUAUCCAGGCCCUCGUUCUACUUCCAGGAUAUUUGAUACCUCCCUGGAAAAUGCACCCCUGGCUGAAAUGGCUGAUUUGGAUCAACCCUGUCCAGUAUUCCUUUGAAGCCUUAAUGGCGAAUGAGUUCUACAAUAUGGACAUACAAUGCGAAACCCCAUAUAUUGUCCCUGCAGGCCCAAGUGCGAGACCUCCCAACCAGGCCUGUGCAAUCCAGGGCAGUCAGCCUGACCAGCUCGUCGUCUCGGGUGCUAGCUAUAUCAAAACCGAAUUUACGUAUACUCGGUCUCACCUCUGGCGUAACUUUGGCAUCCUCAUUGCUUUCUUUCUAUUUUUCGUUACAUUGACAAUGCUGGGGAUGGAACUGCAGAAGCCUAACAAGGGAGGCAUGACAGUAACCAUGUACAAAAGGAAUGAGGCACCAUCAGCCGUUGAGGAAGCUGUCAAUGGCAAAGAAGGGCCAAGGGACAUCGAGACCGGUGAAGGAGGGACACCAACCGAUGUUGAGAAGGAGUCCACCCAAACUGAAUCUGUGAAGGGGAUUGCUAAGAAUACAUCCAUAUUUACGUGGCAGAAAGUCAACUACACAAUCCCUUACAAGGGUGGACAGAGACGCCUUCUCCAGGAUGUGCAAGGUUGUGUGAAGCCUGGCCGGCUCACUGCUUUGAUGGGUGCUUCUGGGGCAGGGAAAACUACCCUACUCAAUGCUCUAGCCCAGAGAAUCAACUUUGGCGUUGUCACUGGCGACUUUCUGGUUGAUGGAAAGCCACUACCCAAGAGCUUCCAAAGAGCUACCGGUUUUGCCGAGCAGAUGGAUAUUCAUGAACCUACCAUGACAGUUCGAGAGUCACUUCAAUUCUCCGCGCUUUUACGUCAGCCGAAGGAAGUUCCUGUGAAAGAGAAGUAUGAUUACUGCGAGAAGGUGAUCGACCUCCUUGAAAUGCGCCAAAUUGCGGGUGCAACGGUUGGAUCGACGGGCUCUGGUUUGAAUCAGGAACAGCGCAAGCGCCUGACCAUCGCCGUCGAGCUGGCCAGCAAGCCGGAACUGCUACUUUUCCUGGACGAGCCAACUUCGGGGCUGGAUUCUUUGGCUGCCUUCAAUAUCGUUCGCUUCCUUCGCAGGCUAGCGGACGCCGGUCAGGCUAUCCUGUGCACUAUCCACCAGCCUUCCGCUGUUCUAUUCGAGGAGUUUGAUGACCUGCUCCUACUUCAAAGUGGAGGGCGGGUUGUAUACAACGGCGAACUAGGACAUGAUUCGAAGAUGCUCAUUGAUUACUUUGAGAGCAAUGGCGCCAGAAAAUGCUCUCCGCACGCCAACCCUGCAGAGUACAUGCUUGAAGUCAUCGGUGCCGGAAAUCCCGACUAUAAAGGCAAGGAUUGGGGUGAUGUCUGGGCCAAUUCUCCUCAGUGCCAACAACUCACAGAGGAGAUCGAUGGCAUUAUUAGCUCUCGUCGGGACCAGUUCAAUGAGAAAGCAACGCAGGAUGACCGGGAAUAUGCUAUGCCUGUCUGGACUCAGAUCGUGACCGUGACUCGACGGUCUUUCAUUGCCUACUGGAGGACUCCCGAUUACGCUAUCGGAAAAUUCAUGCUCCAUAUAUUUACCGGCCUCUUCAACACAUUCACAUUUUGGCAUCUGGGGAACAGCUAUAUUGAUAUGCAGUCGCGUCUUUUCUCCAUCUUCAUGGUAUUGACAAUCAGCCCGCCUCUGAUUCAACAGCUGCAGCCCCGAUUCAUGCACUUCCGCAGUCUAUACGAGUCACGCGAGUCCAACUCCAAGAUCUACUCCUGGGUUGCCUUUGUGGCCAGCGCUAUCCUCCCCGAGCUGCCCUAUUCGAUCGUCGCCGGGAGUAUCUUCUUCAACUGCUGGUAUUGGGGCGUCUGGUUACCCCGUGACUCCUUCACGUCCGGCUACGUCUGGAUGCUCCUGAUGCUCUUUGAGAUGUUCUACGUCGGCUUUGGGCAGUUCAUCGCCGCCUUCUCGCCCAACGAACUUUUCGCCUCGUUGCUCGUCCCUGCCUUCUUCACCUUUGUCGUCGCCUUCUGCGGCGUCGUGGUCCCCUACCAGGCUCUGCCCCAUUUCUGGCAAUCCUGGAUGUACUGGCUCACCCCGUUCCACUACCUUCUUGAGGGGUUUCUCGGCGUCGUCACGCACAACGUCCCCGUCCGCUGUGUCCCGCGCGAGGAGGCUCGUUUUACACCCCCCGCGGGUCAGACCUGCCAGCAGUAUGCGGGUGCCUAUGCCCAGCAGGCAGGCGGGUAUGUUGAGACCGGCGCAGACGGGCUGUGUUCCUAUUGUCUCUAUUCCUCUGGUGAUAAAUUUGCAACUAGCUUCAACGUGUACUAUUCCCACAAAUGGCGCGAUUAUGGCAUCUUCUUCGGCUACGUCAUCUUCAACUUUGCCGCUGUUUUCUUCUUCUCAUGGCUCUAUCUACAUGGUAUUCGGAAUUUAAAGCAGCGGCUCAGUGCAAGGAAGACUAAGAAAGGCGUCAACAAUUGA